GGGGGUGAGGCGCUGCUGCCCGGAGCCCGCGGGUCCCCGCGAGGCGCCGCGGAGCGAGGAAACUCCACUCGGCACUUGGGGCUUGCGAAGAACUGCGAUCCAAGGCAACUUUUCGCUGUCUCCGCGGUGCUGAAAACAAGAGCGAAGGAGAGCCUGGUUGUGUGUGUUGGUGUUUACAAGUGGUUCAGGAUAGGUAAAAAGAAGAUGUCGGGUCGCCGUGUCGCUGCAGCGUGUGACAGACGACAGCUGCCCCGGGGCAUGGGGAGCAUGGCAGCGCCGCUGCUCGACCCGCGCCCGCUCCGGCUGCCCUUUCUCGAGGCUGACGCCCCCCCAAGGCAGUCCCUGCUCACAAUGUAUAGGACAAAAGUCAGUUUGAAAGACCGUCAGCAACUUUACAAACUGAUAAUUAGUCAGCUGCUCUAUGAUGGAUACAUCAACAUUGCCAAUGGCUUGAUAAAUGAGAUCAAACCACAGUCUGUCUGUGCACCCUCUGAACAACUGCUGCACCUAAUUAAGUUAGGCAUGGAGAACGACGACAGCGCCGUGCAGUACGCCAUCGGCCGCUCGGACACCGUGGCACCGGGCACCGGCAUCGACCUGGAGUUCGACGCCGACGUGCAGACCAUGUCCCCCGAGGCGUCCGAGUACGAGACCUGCUACGUCACCUCCCACAAGGGGCCCUGCCGCGUGGCCACCUACAGCAGGGACGGGCAGCUGAUCGCCACCGGCUCGGCCGACGCCUCCAUCAAAAUCCUGGACACCGAGAGGAUGCUGGCCAAGAGUGCCAUGCCCAUCGAGGUCAUGAUGAAUGAGACAGCACAGCAGAACAUGGAGAACCACCCUGUGAUCCGGACUCUGUACGACCACGUGGAUGAAGUGACGUGUUUAGCUUUCCACCCAACAGAGCAGAUCCUGGCAUCUGGCUCAAGGGACUACACACUUAAAUUGUUUGAUUAUUCAAAACCUUCUGCCAAAAGAGCCUUCAAAUACAUCCAGGAAGCAGAGAUGUUACGCUCCAUUUCCUUCCACCCUUCUGGGGAUUUCAUCCUGGUGGGGACCCAGCACCCAACCCUUCGUCUGUACGACAUCAACACCUUCCAGUGCUUCGUGUCCUGCAACCCCCAGGACCAGCACACCGACGCCAUCUGCUCCGUCAACUACAACGCCAGCGCCAACAUGUACGUGACAGGCAGCAAGGAUGGCUGCAUCAAACUCUGGGAUGGGGUCUCCAACCGCUGCAUCACCACCUUUGAGAAAGCACAUGAUGGAGCUGAAGUCUGCUCUGCUAUUUUUUCCAAAAAUUCCAAGUAUAUCUUGUCCAGUGGGAAAGACUCUGUGGCUAAGCUCUGGGAGAUCUCCACUGGUCGGACGCUGGUGAAAUACACAGGUGCGGGUCUGAGCGGCCGCCAGGUGCACAGGACUCAGGCUGUGUUCAACCACACGGAGGAUUACGUGCUGCUGCCCGAUGAAAGGACCAUCAGCCUGUGCUGCUGGGACUCGCGCACGGCCGAGCGCAGGAACCUGCUGUCGCUGGGCCACAACAGCAUCGUGCGCUGCAUCGUGCACUCGCCCACCAACCCCGGCUUCAUGACCUGCAGCGACGACUACAGGGCCAGGUUCUGGUACAGGAGAUCCACCACGGACUGAGGAGAGCUGCCAGCAGGGAUUGCCAGCUCCUGCACCCCCGGGUGACUCUGCUGCCUCUGGGGAUUCUGUCACACGUGGCAGGAAAGGAACCAACGUUGAGACUUUUCACCCCGCGCUAAUUUUUUUGUUAGUGCGCGUGGUUAAAUUUUUGUAAGUCAUCUCUAAUUGUACUGAAGGGAGGGAGUGGAGAAUAAAAUGAUCUGGCAGGAAGGGCUAAGCUUGUUCCCCUGCCUGUCUGAAUCACACACAAGAGAAAGGGACUGUGCCCUGCUCAGAGGGGCAGGAGGAGCCAGUUCUGCUCUGUGUUGUGUCUGUGCGAUCCCACUGAACUCUGGUAGAGAACGGAUCACACAAAGCAGCAGAACUUGCUGUAGAUACUUCAAUGAAGCCUUAAGCUGCCUUCAGCCACAAUUCAUUAUUUGUAAAGCUCUGGUUUGUAUCUUUCAGUCUGGGGUUUUGCUGAGUUGGUUUUUGCGUUUCUUGUUCAUUGGCCAAGCAGGCCUUGAGUUCUGAGUUGUGCCAUAAGAAUUCACACAGCAUUUUAAAUGGUUUGGAUGAAUUCAAGGAAUGGUCUUCUAGUUCUGGUGUUAAAACUCAGACUUCAUCUCAUCCUGUUUUGAAUUUAUCUUAACAAGUGGGACCUCAAAAUGAAUUCCUAAUAGUUUUAAGGAGUAUCCACACUGCAAAUAAAAUGUGACAGUGCUGCUGCAGGUGAAAAUGAGAAUAAUUUUGCCUUAGAGACCUUUAAUAUCCUCUCAGAAAAAGGAACUUGUGCAUCUGAAUUUUUGUAUGUGUACCUCAGAAAUGUCACUGUUUCAUUUGACUGAGAAAUGUUCAUCUAUGUCUGCUACACAGCACUUCAAUUACAUUCUUUUUUAAUUAGUCACACACCCAGUGCCCAUUGUUGAGGAACUGUGCUUAAAACUUCUCAAAGUUGGAAAAUUCACUACUUGUUCUCCCAGAGAUCUGCCUGAGCAGAGUCUUAGACUUGUUUUUUGAGGCCUCCUCAUGCAGAGCUCUUGGGCAUCACAGCUGGGAGAUCCUUUGCUCAGAGCUCAGCACUUGCCUUGUGAAGGGUUUUAAAUGGGAGGUGGUUCUUGCUGCUGGAUUAACUCCCAUUACACUGAGGAAUUGUCAAGGGCUGGUGAGGUACAGGUUUUGUCUGUAUUUAAAUAAAGAUUGCCUUUUAAAAAGUUUGAUACAUAAA